AUGCCCUGCCAUGGCUGCCCGCGCGCUGGUCGCACCCCCUUUGCCUCCAACUCCCCCUCUGGGUACCAUGCGGGCAACCCCGCGCGUCGCCGCCGGUCUCAGCUCAGCGCUGACCGGCCACCGGGGAAGCACACUUUGUGUUCAGUGCAAUUGACAGAAUCCCCCAGUGGCAAUCUUCAGGUGGAAGCAAACUCGUCUCAUUCCCCAACUCAACUGAUGUCUACAGGACAUGAUGACUCAGCCAUAACAUGUAAAGGAUUCUGUACGAUAUCAUGGAGCGUUAAAGCAGAUGUUAUGGAUGGUUACAUUAUCUUCAUAACAGGUGAUCCAGUUACCCUGGGUUGUUGGGAACCUGAUAUGGCUGUUCAGUUGAAUCCUUCUGUUAAAAGUAGCAAUAAAUGGACGGCUGUAAUCAAGGUACCAUAUGGUGUGCAUUUCAAGUAUAAUUAUUUUGUUCGAGAGGAAAAAAAUUCCUCUAAUGACAUCAUAUGGAGGCCUGGACCUGAGUGCUCCUUAUCGAUACCUUCUGUUAGCCAGAAAAAUCAUGUCAUCCUUGUAAAAGAUCAGUGGAUGGAAACCAGUGUGGCAGGUAUUUCCUCUCCUUCCUGGGGAUCAUGGCUGAUGGAAGCUGAUUCUGUUGAAGAUCAAAUUGCUGAGAGAGGGAAGCGUGAGAGCAUUGUGAAAGCCCACUCUGUUAUAGAUAUGGUGGACGGAGCUUCAUCUGUAGGUGAGCAUAUUAUAAUGAGACUUUGGAAUGGCACACCUUUAGAUUCAGUCAGUCCAUCCAUCAGUGUGCAUGAUGAUUUUGCUGCAGCUGAUAAACCAAAUGCAAUUAAAGUAAGUGUAAACCAACAUGAGAUAAAUCAGCCUGUUGAGGAGCCAUGGGUUCUUGGACCUAUCGUCUCAUUAAAGAACUCCGUUGCACAAGUGAAACGCAAGAAAGACAGAAGGAAGUUUUUGAAUACGGAAAAGGAUUCAGGUGAAAUAACUGAAAACAUGCCUGAACAGGAUCAGCCUGUGGAGGAGCCAUGGUUAUUUCAGUCUUGGGUGACAGCAAACAGAGCUGGUGUUAUAUCAAAACGGAAAGUAGAAGCAAAGGGCAUUAUGAAAAGGUUAAAAGAAUUUGAUAAACCCUCAGCAGCUUCUGAGAAGGAUAUGCCUGCCAGUGGUGAACCACCAAGAGUCAUAUUAAUUAACUCCUCUAUCUGCAGUACACAGAGAAUUGCAGUAUUGGAAGAUGGGAAAUUAGUUGAACUCUUGCUGGAGCCCAUAAAGAACAAUGUACAUUGUGACAGUAUUUAUUUAGGUAUAAUAACAAAACUUGUGCCUCACAUGGGAGGUGCUUUUGUCGACAUUGGAAUUUUGAGACCUUCACUUAUGAGCAUAAAGCAAAACCGUGAUCCAUUUGUGUAUCCUCAAAUUGUCAAGGAUAUUAAAGGAGGUUCUGCUAAUGAUUCUGGUUAUAACGAUGAGAGCCUUCUGACAUACGAUGAUGAUGAUGAUGUUGAUGAUGAUAUGGCUGACAAUGAGUUUGCAGAUGAAGAAAAUGACGAUGAUUCAUCAACAUUUCUGGCUCAGAAUGUUAAGGAAAAUGAAGAAGGCUUGGACAUUGUGUCCCAUUCUAAUAUGAAGAAGAUUGAUGGUGCUGAAUUUGAAAAUGUCUCUGGUUGGGAUGAUGAAAUUGAUGAUCACGUGGAAGAUGAAUACAAUGAUGAUCACUCACCAGGAGAUCGGUCAGAGAUCUGCAAUGAUAUUAAGACAUUAUCUUCCAUUCAGCAUGCUUUGAGGGAAUCUAACGAUGAUACAAAUGGAUGUAGGUGGUCUCAAGUUCGCAAGGGCACAAAAAUCAUGGUUCAAGUUGUCAAGGAGGGAUUGGGCACGAAAGGUCCAACACUGAGUCCCUUUCCAUGCUUAAGAAGCCGAUUUUGGAUAUUGGUCUCUCGUGGCAACAAAGUUGGAGUUUCAAAAAAGAUUACUGGGAUAGAACGCACCCGGUUGAAGGGCAUUACGAAGUUAUUACGACCUCCUGGAUUUACUCUGACAGCUCGUACAGUUGCCGCUGGCCAUUCUUGGGAGGAGUUAAACAAGGACCUUGAUCGGUUGUUAUCUACCUGGAAAGGAAUAACUGAACAUGCUCAAUCUGCUGCCCUAGCUGCCGAGGAGGGUGUGGAAGGUGCUAUUCCUGUUAUGUUGUAUAGAUCAAAGGGCCAGGCUCUAUCUAUUGUUCAAGAUGAUUUUAAUGAGAAGGUCAAGAGGUUGGUUGUGGAUUCUCCUCGCACCUACCAUGAGGUUACGGGCUAUCUCCAAGAGGUUGCACCUGAGCUCUGCAAUCGAGUCGACCUCUACGAGAAAAGAACUCCCAUAUUCGAUGAAUAUAAGAUCGAAAAGGAGAUCGACAAUAUUCUCUGCAAAAGGGUUGUGCUACAGAAUGGGGGUUCAUUAAUUAUAGAACAGACUGAAGCUCUAGUUUCCAUUGAUGUGAAUGGUGGCCACAGUAUGUUUGGUCAAGGGACGUCGCAGGAGAAGGCUAUUUUAGAUGUCAAUCUUGAAGCUGCAAAGCAAAUUGCUCGUGAGCUGCGCUUGAGGGAUAUUGGUGGCAUCAUUGUUGUUGAUUUUAUCGACAUGACGGACGAUUCAAACAAAAGAUUAAUCUAUGAAGAAAUGAAGAAAGCAGUAGAAAAGGACCGCUCAACCGUUGGUGUUUCAGAAUUGUCAAAGCUAGGUUUGAUGGAAAUAACUAGAAAAAGGGUUCGACCAAGUGUUACUUUCAUGAUCAGCGAGCCUUGUCCAUGUUGCCAUGGUAUUGGUCGUGUUGAAGCUCUUGAUACGUCCUUUUCUAAGAUAGAACGUGAAAUCUGUCGACGCCUGGCCGUCUCUGGUCAUAAUCCAGAUCCAGAAAAACCAAAAUUGUGGCCAAGAUUUUUGCUUAGGGUGGACCAUGAGAUGUGCACGUACUUGACGUCAGGCAAAAGGACUAAAUUAGGGAUCCUUAGUAGCUCCCUCAAAGUUUGGGUUUUGUUGAAGAUUGCUCGAGGUUUUACACGGGGUGCAUUUGAAUUGCUACCAUAUUCUGAUCAGAAGGACACGGAUGAGCAGAAGGAAUUAUCACCAGAGUCACCACCUCCAAGGGAAGCAGGAAGACCGAGACUGUCUGUUUUUCCUAUAAAGAAAUGGAUGAGCCGUGCAAAGCGAGCCAAGUGA